AUGCUGGUACGAGAUAGGAAGAAAUCAUACAGUAAAAUAAGAGUAAUCAAUUCAAUACGAUCGUAUAGGCCAAUUGAUAAAAUCAACAAAGGGACAUUUGGAGAGGUGUCUAUGUAUAGCAGAGAUGGACAGGAAUACGCUGUGAAGAGAUUCACAAACAAGAAACAGGGAGCAGUGCAUCUGACUACUGUACGUGAGUUGAAGGCACUUAUUCUACUGGAUGGAAUAAAGCACAUUAGUAGAAUUGAGGAGAUUGUUAUUGAGGAUACUGAAUUAUACGUGGUAUUUCCACUUUACAAGGAGACACUGAUGGGAAAGAGAUACGAGUAUCUGAGAGAAGCAAGUGAGCAUUUUAGGCAAAUUGUAGUUGGAAUCCAGAGCAUCCAUCAACAUAAACUAAUUCAUCGAGACCUGAAGUCAUCAAACAUCAUGCUUGAUUCAAAUAACGUGAUAAAAAUAAUUGACUUUGGAAUGUCUAGGAAGAUACAGCCAAUGAUGUCAUCAAUUGUGACCACAUUGUGGUACAGAGCACCAGAAUUGCUUGAGUUUGGAACCAAGAACGUGUAUACUGAAUAUAAGUAUGCAAUAGACACCUGGUCCAUUGGAAUUGUACUGCUUGAGAUGCUAUUGGGCCAUGCUCCAUGUAAGUCGAAUUGUGAGGUGGAACAGCUUGCGCUGUACAAGAAGAAUCUAUCGAAUAUCAAGGAUGAGUAUUACUGGUUACCAGACUCAGCCGUAGACUUAUUGACUGAGAUGCUCAAGUUCGAUCCAAAAGAGAGAAUUGGAUUGGACAGAAUACUAAAGCACCCAUUUAUCACAGAAUGCGACCAGAGUGCGAAGAUGUUUUACCUGAGUGAGAAGAAGUGUGAUUGA